AAGGCUGGGUCUACUAAUCCUGGCCAGGCCUGUGUUUGACCAGGCCAGAUCUGAUAGUGACACGCACGCCUCUCCCCACAAUUGAAAUUCUGAGCCUCUGACGAGGUCGAAUCUAAAAUAGUGAAAUAAAGCUUUACCCAUAUACUGUAACAUUAGGGCCAUUACACGACCCGUUCUACUUUUUGAUACUCCAUGUUUAGCGACUCGGUGCUUACCCAGUCUCGAGACGCGUCUCUCGGCAACUCGCUCAGCAUUGUAUGUCGAGCUCGAGGAGACUUGUGACCUUCUCGGGUUUUACAUAAAAGGAUGGCGGAACCGAUACAGGAUGCAGCAAUCAGGAUCCCCAAGUGUCAUGAGGUGCAGCAGGAUCUGUUCGGGGUGGGAUUUCAGAUUUACACCUUCAAUGGUUCAUCCUGGAUCUCGACCAACGUUAGCGCAGAUCUUUUCGACUUUAAAGGCCAGAAAAUCGGAUUUCACUAUUUCCUCGCAGAAAAGGAUUUUGGCGGUGGACAAGCGACGUGGGAGACAACCAAUCCAAGCAGUCGAGUGACGGCCAAAGCAGUGGCCUCUGUCAAACAAGUGGAUACCAUCCCAGAGCUUCUGCUCGAGUCCACCAACACAACCGGUGUCAUACGCUUUGGAUCGACUAGCUUCGUACAGAGGCUUUUCCCUCGCCGUGGUCUGCCUCCAAGCGUACAACAUGCGAAGGUUGGAGAUAUUUAUACAUCUGAUUAUACAGCAUUGUACACUUUUUCUUAUAAGAAAAAGUCAUUGGUUCAAAAAUAAAUUGAUUGUUCUAAAAUUCGAGAAUCAUAGUCCAUUUUGCUGAAGGUUUUCUACCAUCCGAAGCUGGAUCUAUAAACUUCUCUCAAUGUUCGAAUAUUGUUUAUAAUUGUGCACCGAAAACUGAAACUGAUUAGCAGUUCAGUAUCAAUAAAACGGAGAACACUAUUUGUACAGG